CGGGAUCUUAUCACACACACACACACACACACACAGUAGCAACAGCAGCCACAGUCGCAGUCAGCAGAACAACGGUUUAUCAUAAUACUAUUUGAACAACCGGCAGCAGAGCGAGCGAGAGGCAAAGAAACACAUAUGUGUGUGGGAGUGUCUGCGUGCGCGUGUGUGUGUGUGUGUGGGACAACAACAACUGAAAUAUUUUCACAAAAAUUGUGCAUUGUUUAAGUUGGACGCGUCAGCGUCAACGCCGCUGCUAGCGUCAAACUCAACGCCGUUUUAUUGUAAAUUACAACAACAACUAGAAGAAGAAGCAGCAGCUCAAAAAUGGCACGGCACUUUGAUCAUAUGUUCAAGCUGCUAAUAAUCGGCGACAGCGGUGUGGGCAAAUCAUCGUUGCUCAUUCGUUUCUCAGAUGACACAUUCUCGGGCAGUUAUAUAACAACGAUUGGCGUCGACUUCAAGAUACGCACCGUUGUCAUCGAUGGCCUGCGCGUCAAGCUGCAGAUAUGGGAUACGGCCGGACAGGAGCGCUUUCGCACCAUCACCAGCACCUAUUAUCGUGGCACCCACGGCGUCAUCAUCGUCUACGAUGUGACGAACGGCGAUUCGUUUGCGAAUGUCCGCACCUGGCUGGAGGAGAUCAAACACAAUUGCGAUGUGGUCAACAAAGUAUUAGUGGGCAACAAGAAUGAUGAUCCGGAUCGUAAGGUUGUCAUUACGGAGGAUGCGCAACGUUAUGCGCGUCAAAUGGAUAUUGAGCUGUUCGAGACAUCUGCCAAAGAUAACAUCAAUGUGGAGGAUAUGUUUAUGUCGAUAACGCGGCAGGUGUUGAAUUAUAAACUGCGCGCCGCCUCAGAUGAACAGCAGAGGGAUCGCAUCGUUGUAAAGCCACACAAGAAUAAGGGCAAAUCCAACAAAUGUUGCAGUUGAAAGCGACGCCGCACCAGCAGCAGCAGUAGCCGCAGCACUAAAAUGUUGAUGAGGAUAUGUUGUGGGGGCGCGUAGUACAGGUUCAGAUGGCACACACAACCACAUACACACAUACACAGCACACACACAGAUAGACAAACAUA